CACGUGACUACGGUCGGCUUGCUCUUUAAAAAAGGGCGGCGCGUCUGGAAAAAAUGGCGGACGACCCGUUGGAAAUUGAUCUGGAUGCUUCAGCUGAAGCCCUUGUAAGCCUCAAAGCAGGUGGAGGGAAGGUCAACAGUAAUGGUACCCCGGCCACACCCCCUCGAAGAGGAAAUCCCCCGCGAGUACGUAAAAGGAAUCGGCUCAUUUUCAACGAUGACGAAGAUACAACUUUGUCACCGAUUCGUUCACCGAGGAAAGUGAGCAAAACAUCACAUAAUACGAGAAACUCGUCGCAGGCGUCCAUGAGUGUGCCAGACAAGAAGGCUGCCCAGAGAAUCGGCUCCAGGCUCAAGAACCUGCUGAAGUUACCCAAGGCUCACAAGUGGUGCAUCUACGAGUGGUUCUACUCCAACUUAGACAAGGCCCUGUUUGAAGGUGAUAAUGACUUCUGUGUGUGUCUGCGGGAGUCCUUCCCCCAGCUCAAGACCAGGAAACUCAGCAGGGUGGAGUGGUCCAAGAUCAGGAGGCUGAUGGGCAAACCAAGGAGGUGUUCCUCCUCGUUCUUUGCGGAGGAGCGUUCUGCCCUGGAAGCCAAGCGUCAGAAGAUCCGACUCCUCCAGCAGCGCAAGGUCACGGACAUCAGCAACUUCAAGGACCUUCCCGACGAGAUCCCGCUCCCAUUGGUCAUCGGCACCAAGGUCACAGCCCGUCUGCGCGGCCCUCACGACGGACUGUUCACAGGUCAGAUUGAGGCGGUGGACACAGCCAACACCUCGUACAGGGUGACGUUUGACAGACCUGGGCUGGGAACACACACCAUUCCUGACACGGAAGUCCUGAGCAAUGAGCAACAGGAGACCAUGCCCCUCACAGCAUUUGCACAAAAGCAAAGACCCCGUCAACAGUUUCUCACCCCUCCAAGGUUUUCACUGUCCAACAGCUUACAGUCCCCAGCAUUUGCCCAUGACCCGAUGCUUGGCCAGUCUCCACUCCGCAGCAGGUUACAUGGCAUAGAAGGGGGGACACUGGGAGGGUUUCCUGUCAAGUUCCUCGUCAUGGUGACUCGGUUAUCAAAAGUCUUGCUGAUCAAGAAGGACAGGAUCAAGGACCUGAGAGAAAUGAACACACAGGCAGAAAAAACUAAAUCUCAUGGUGAAAGUGUGGAUGUAGAGUUUCAGAAGAAAUAUGCCACCCUGGUCCUGGAGCUGGAGAGGCUGAACAGGGAACUCAACACUUACCUGAUCGGGGUCCAACAGUACUGCCAAGAGAUCGCUCCAGAACAGGGACUGGAGACGAUAAAGGAACCGGCGGGAUCAGCGCUGAAGAAACGAUGCGAGGACGACGCCAUGGAGAUCCUGCAGAGAGCGAACGAGGGGAACGGCGCGAAAACGGUCCAGAGUCAGGACGCCUGUCAGCUCAUCACCAAACUCACCUCCCUCAUGCUACAGAUCAAGGCCCUGGCUGAGAAUGAGCUGAACUCGUACGAGUUUAAGUCCCUGUCAGACGCCCUGGAGGACAUCCGGCAGAGGGUGGACUGUGCCAACCUCAGCUGCUUCCAGAACAAUGUGGAGAUCCACGUGGCUCAUGUCCAGAGCGGGCUCAGCCAGAUGGGGAACCUGCAUGCCUUCGCACAGAACACAAACAACGACCUGUAAAAAAAUCCUCUGUAUGUAGGAAGCCUCAUGUCCUGCUGCUUUUCCUAUGACAAACAGCAAGAUGUGUCACUGCAUGAAAUUUGAUCUUAAAAGCACACAUCUAAGUAUACGUAAAGGUUCUGUGCCUUCAUUCUAUUGGAAAAAUGGAACCCUUUCACAUGCUUUAAGGUUUGCUUUAAGAUUGGAUUUUGUGUAGUGUGUAUAAUAGAACAUUUCUGUCGCCAUGUUGUACUGGGAUGUGUUGGUGUUGUACUGGGAAGGUCUUGUCCAAGGCAUGUUUCGGUAGGUCCAACAUGCUCAACUGUGCCACUGUGUUUAGAUUUUAGAUCUACCUCUUUGAUAAUCCUUCAUGCAUUACUUUGUCCUAUAUCAUGUACAGGUAGUCCCAUUCCAACUAGUUUAAAAUACGUUUCAACUCAGCUUACAGAAAAAUACAAUAGAAUUUAGAAAAUGUAGAAAACAGUAAAAUGUGGUAUCACCAGUAACAUUUACUGGUGUUUCUUGGAAGAGUGACCGUGAAGUUGGGUUGAUUUGGCCUGUUGUUGCAUGCCCCUGCAAGACCCUCCUAUAGCAUAACACAUCCCAUGUGAUGUUCAUCCAACAAUGCAAUUGUUACUGCCUCUUGUCAAUAGCAAUGAUGAUUAUACUAUCAAGGGUUCAGUAUUUGGAAAUUACAAAUGUUAACAUAAAAUACUGUUUUCAUUUUGCUAAUUCAAGAAUUUUGCUAAUUCAAGAAUUGGGCACCAAUUUUUGCCUAUAGAUCUACUCUACACAUUUAUAUUAUAUAAAUCCCCUAGUAAAAAUUAAUGUACUGUUAGAGACCUUUAAAGAUAGAGUGUGCAUGUGGUCAUUAAAAAGGACAAGUUUAUGAGUUAUUUGGGAGUUGUAAGAGAAUGUUUAGGGUGCUUUUGCCGUUUUGCUAUGCAUUCAAUUAUGCCUAGAAGAGAAUGAACUGUACUGGAAUUGUCCAUAGGUAUGUGAAUUUGUGCAUGGAGUUACUAGAUAAAUAAGAGGAAUAUGGUUGAGUCUGCAUGUGGAAAGCAGACCAUUUCUGUUUUACAAGCAAAUGUCUUACUCCUAUUUCAUUGGCAAACUGUGCUUGCAAAUAAAAUAAGAUUUCCCCACAUUCCUUGUAGUGCUACAUCAUGCUGCAGGAAAUAGUUGCUGCAAAGUUAAAUUUUAAAUCAGUUUUAUAAUGGAUAAAAUAUCAUUCAAAAUUACAGUUGAAGUGAUACAGCACUUUGCUGCAAAUGUCUGCAUCUAGUAUGUCUCUUCACUACAUGCUCAUACUGUGCAUGAUUGCUCUAUCUUGCAUUGGUGAAGAACUCAUUAAAACUUUCUUGGAGCCAGAUGUUUUUCAAAUUUUAUCUUCUUUUUGAGUUUU